GAUGUGUGAGAAUUUCCAACAUCACCUGAACGUGUCAUGAUCAAUCCUGACAAAACAGCAGUGUGAACUCAACAACAUGUCUGGAUGGGUGUAUGACAUGUGAAGUGUUUGAUUAACACACUUAAUAUCAGUGGAUUAUAGCGCGUGGGCGUUGAUGCGUCCUCACGCGCCGUUAAGGAAGUUGCCUUCAUUCUCCUCCUAGUCGUCAAAAAGUCAAUUGUCUGGCGCUGCAGCAAUGAGAUUUAUCGUCCUUUUCCUGUUGUUUCAAGGGCUGCAGGUUAAAGUUCUUGGCGAAACCGGCAUCACAACCAAAGUUGAAGGGUAUGUAGGUGACACCAUUAUCUUGCCAGCCAAAGCCUUCAAAACAUGGACUCUGUCCAGAAUUGACUGGUCAAUAUUAAGCAACAACACCUGGAUUGCAACAUGGGACCAAGGUGGUAUAAACACUGAACGUCGUCCAGAAUACAAAGGGAGGCUCUCGCUCAACACAUCAACAGGGGAUUUAACGAUGCAAGAUCUUAGGUUGCGCGACGCCAUGACGUACAAUGUGGACCUCCUCAACGCUUCAAAUUACAACAUAGUAAACCGGGUCCAGCUAGUAGUGAAAGAACGCCUCAAGAAACCGACCAUACAGCUUUACCAAAAUUUCGCAAAAAGCGAAAAUGGUGGCUGUGUAUUGGUGCUCAACUGUUCUUCUCUUGAUACUGGUAUUAACUUCUCCUGGGAGGUCGAGCCUCCGUGUCAUCACUGCAGCAACAACUCUUCGAGUGACACGUCAGAGCUCAUCGCCUUUUUCUUGACAACCCCAGACACUGUAAAUCUUACCUGCAUUGUCAAGCGCGAACUGGAAACCGCAUCAAGCAUUUUGACCUCAAAGAUCAAAGUGCCAACAUUCGAACUCCAACAGAAAUGUGGUUACAUGUUCGCUUGGGGAUUCUUCACUACAUUGCUGAUUGUGAUCGGCAUGAUUUUACUUUUCCAUUUUAGAGGUAAGAUAACCGAAAUGUUCCAGCAAUUUAGAGAACCAGUUAUUUCGCCUGCGACGGAUUCCAACGUUCUGGCGGAGAGUGUGACUUCCCAAAAAUAAAAGUCCUAAAUUUGACAUGGUGGUUUUAAAAGGAGUUCAACUGUUAAGAAAAAAAA